AUGUUCCAGCAGAUCUACGGCACUAUGCUGCCUGGCCUCCAGCAAACCAUUGAGGAGGCGGUCGAGCCCGGCCUGAACAAGCUGGCGACCGGCGAUCUCAGGGAGACGCUGCAGUCGCUCACGAAUGCGGUCAACGAUCUGCGCGAGCUCUCCGCUCGCAACGCCGAGCUGUUCCAGACGCUCUCCCAGAGCUCGCCGAGCGCGCGGCUCGGCCUGCAGCCGCCCGGUUCGGGCCUCCCCGAGCAGCACGUCACCGAGGCUCAGCUCCUGCAGCUGCUCGAACGCGACGCCUACGAGCAGGCCUUCGCCUGUGCCCUCUCCGAGCGUGGCGCCGAAGCCGUCCGCCACCUCCUCCAGUGGAUCGAGCCUCAGGGUUUCUUCGAAUCGGGCCACGGGCUGUCGCAGAUCGUCACGGCGUCGCUCAUCCACCGCGUUGCGCUCGACCUGCAGCACGACACGCCGCUCAAGCUCGACUGGCUCUCGCACCUGCUGCUCCACUUCCACCCGAUGGACACCACGAUCGCGGCCCACUCGCAGCACAUCCUGCACCACACGAUCCACCACCUCAACGCCCUGCUGGCCGCCCAGCCCCACCACCCGCUGGCCAUCAACGCCAAGCUGCUCCUCCACACCGCCAACUCUCUCCUCUCCGCCCCGCCGCCGCUCCAGCCCGCCACCCCUUCCUUCUCCUCCCUGCCCUAUGGCGCUCCCUACAUCUGA